UGAAAAAAAAAUACAAUAAUUUUAUAUUGAUAGCGACCAGAAACGAACACCUUGAAAAAUAACAAGAAACCACAUUGUGCGACGCCGGCCUCCACUCCACCCAACCUUUAUAAUCUCCUUCUUAACAAUCACCAUUCACCAUUAAAACUCUGCUUUCUUCUGCUUCUUCUCACUCUGUAAUUGUAAACGGCAAACCGAAUUAUGGGAUUGCAUAAUUUCAUUAUUUUUUUUCUGCUCUCACUGACGUCGCUGUCGUUUCCUCCAGUAUCGGCUAGGAUCUUCCCCGACACAUCAUCAAUUCCACCGGGUUUAUUCCCUAAUAACGCCACCGCCGCAGCUUGGGACAACUUUAAGAAACUUUCCGGUUGCCGCGCCGGCCAAAAGCUCGAUGGGUUAAACAAACUUAAGCAGUACUUCCAUGACUUCGGUUAUAUUCCAAAUACUUUCGCUAACUUCACCGACGAUUUCGACGACGCACUCGAAUCCGCUCUCAAGACUUACCAACAGAAUUUCAAUCUCAAUGUCACCGGUGAACUCGACGAACAAACACUUAGUCAGCUUAUAAAACCGAGAUGCGGCAACGCUGAUAUAGUCAACGGUACAACGGCUAUGAACUCUGGCAAGUGGACGCCUCCGUUUAACACCACCUCGCACUUCCACACUGUCGGUCAUUACACAUUCUUUCCUGGUAGUCCACGCUGGCCGGACAGCAAACGCGAUUUGACCUACGCAUUUUGGCCUGGUAAUAACUUGACUACCGAGGCGAAGAGCGUUUUCACUCGUGCGUUUGACCGCUGGUCAACCGUGAUACCGAUGACUUUUGCGGAGACGGAUUCUUUCACCAUCGCCGAUAUCCGGAUCGGGUUUUUUAGCGGAGAUCACGGCGACGGAGAGCCGUUUGAUGGAGUUUUGGGAACUUUAGCACAUGCUUUCUCUCCACCAAGCGGACGGUUCCAUUUGGACGGCGACGAGAACUGGGUAGUCUCUGGAGAUAUUAGCGACUCCUCCAUAAUAUCGGCAGUGGAUCUAGAAUCGGUGGCCGUACACGAAAUUGGGCAUUUAUUAGGGUUAGGACAUUCCUCCGUUGAAGAUGCCAUUAUGUAUCCCACCAUUCCUUCAAGAACCAGAAAGGUUGAAUUGGCUCAAGAUGAUAUUGACGGUGUACAACAGUUGUACGGGAAAAACCCGAAUUAUAACGGGUCAUCAUCCACAUCGUCCGUUCAAGAAAGUGAUACUAGUGGGGCCCAUUAUGCACAUUCCAAUUGGGGCCUGAUCAGUUUGUUGAUGGCCGUUGGAUUUUUUUGUCUGGUUUUGUAAAGUUUUUUCGAUUUCUUUUUUUCUUUUUGUUUUGUAUUAUUUUGCAUUAUUUGACAUGGGAUUCAUAUAGUUUAGUAUAGGAUUAGAGCAUGUGUGAGAUUUACAUAAUUUAGUUUUUUUAUUCGUUGCCAGCCUUGUGUAUAAUAAAAUAUCUAUUUUUUCUACAGCA